UUUUUCUCUACACUGCGGCGGCUUCGUCUCUCUUUUCUUUGACCCGUCAUCAUGCUGCUCUUGCCAUUGGCAGCUUCUUUCCUGACGCUGUCGGGCUUUGCGCAGGCACAGACGUCCACCGCCACGGCUACAUACAAGCCACAGUUUACUGUUCCUGCCUCGGCCGACUAUGGCGCCAAUCUCAUUCCAAACAUCCUAGACCCGGAGGCCGUGGACGCGCAGACCGUCUGCCCCGGCUACACGGCGUCUGACGUCUCCCAGAAUGACUACGGCUUCACCGCGCUGCUGACCCUGGCCGGCGAGGCCUGCAAUGUCUACGGUAACGAUAUCGAGACGUUGAACCUGACUGUGGCGUACCAGAACGCGGACCGGCUGUCUAUCAACAUCAGCCCUGCUGUCAUUGAUGCUUCCAAUUCCUCCUGGUAUGUGCUGCCAGAUGAGCUCAUCCCCCGCCCUACUGCGGACGACGACGCGGCCUCGACCAUAGCCAAUAACGACUUCGACGUCUCCUGGGACAACGAGCCCAGCUUUGCGUUCACGGUGAAGCGUCGCUCGACCGGCGACGUGGUGUUCAGCACAGCGGGCAGCAAGCUCGUGUACGAGGACCAAUUCAUAGAGUUUGUGACAGCCAUGCCAGAGAACUACAACGUGUACGGUCUGGGUGAGCAUAUUCACAACCUACGCCUAGGCAACAACUACACGGCGACGCUGUACGCGGCCGAUGUCGGCGACCCCAUCGACUACAACAUCUAUGGCUCGCACCCAUUUUAUCUGGACACGCGGUACUUUUCGAAAGACAACGCAACCGGCAAUGUCACGCUGGUGACGGAUACGGACGGGGCCGACGCUACCGCAGAGUACGAGUCUUACUCACAUGGCGUGUUCUUGCGUAAUGCUCACGGCCAAGAGGUUUUGUUGCGUGCAGAGAAUAUCACCUGGCGCACUCUGGGCGGCAGCAUUGAUUUGUUCUUCUUUGACGGCCCGACGCAGGUCGACGUCACGAAGCAAUUCCAGUUCGGCGCCGUCGGGCUGCCGGCCAUGCAGCAGUACUUUACGUUUGGGUAUCACCAGUGUCGGUGGGGCUACGCGAACUGGUCGAUGCUGGAGGAGUUGAUAAACGACUUUGCGCGGUUCGAGAUUCCGCUGGAGACGGUCUGGGUGGAUAUUGACUACAUGGACCAGUACCGUGACUGGACUACCGAUGCCAACACUUUCCCCGUCCCAGAGGGCCAGGAGUUUAUGAAGACGCUGCAUGACAAGGGCUUGCAUUUCGUCCCUAUCGUUGACAGUGCGAUAUACAUCCCUAACCCGGACAACGCGAGCGAUGCGUAUGCUACUUACACCAGGGGCCACGAGGCCGAUGUCUUCCUCAAGAAUCCCGAUGGCAGCGAGUACAUUGGGUCAGUCUGGCCUGGGUAUACGGUGUUCCCAGACUGGCACGCAAACGAGUCCGUUUCGUGGUGGUCUGAUGAGAUGGUCCGCUGGCACGGCGAAAUUCCAUUCGACGGCAUCUGGAUCGAUAUGUCCGAGGUGUCGUCCUUCUGUGUAGGCUCUUGCGGCUCUGGAAACUUGUCGCUGAACCCAGUGCACCCGCCCUUCGCUCUGCCCGGUGAACCCGGCAACCUCGUUCUGGACUACCCAGAAGGCUUCAACCUCACCAAUGCAACCGAGGCCGCAGCGGCCGCUUCGGCAUCGUCCAGCCAAGCAGCAGCCGCCUCAAGCACCGCUGCCUCGACAACCCAGGCUUACCUCCACACGACGCCCACGCCCGGCCAGCGCAACGUCAACCACCCACCGUACGUCAUCAACAACGUACAGGGCGACCUCGCCGUCCACGCCGUCUCGCCCAACGCGACGCACAACGACGGGGUGCAAGAAUACGACGUGCACAACCUGUUCGGGCACCAGAUCCUGAACGCGACAUACCAAGGUCUACUAGACGUCUUCCCGGGCAAACGGCCCUUCAUAAUCGGGCGGUCGACCUUCGCCGGCUCAGGCAAAUGGGCAGGUCACUGGGGCGGGGACAACGCGUCGAAAUUCGCAUACAUGUACUUUUCGAUCUCGCAAGCGCUGAGCUUCAGCCUCUUCGGCAUCCCCAUGUUUGGUGUCGACACGUGCGGCUUCAACGGGAACACGGACGAAGAGCUCUGUAGCCGCUGGAUGCAGCUCAGCGCCUUCUUCCCCUUCUACCGGAACCACAACACGCUGUCGGCGCGGGCGCAGGAGCCGUACCGCUGGGCGUCGGUGGCCGAGGCAACCAAAACAGCCAUGGCUGUCCGCUACGCCCUCUUACCCUACCUUUACACGCUCUUCCACGCCGCGCACACGACGGGCUCCACCGUCAUGCGCGCCCUGGCGUGGGAAUUCCCGUCCGAGCCCGCCCUCGCGGCCCUGGAGACGCAGUUCCUGCUCGGCCCGUCCGUCCUCGUCGCCCCCGUCCUCGCGCCCAACGCCUCAUCCGUCGACGCCGUCUUCCCUGGCCUGAGCUCUGGCACCCGCUGGUUCGACUGGUACACGCACGCCGAAGUCGCCGCCGAGCCAGGGAAGAACACGACGCUCGCCGCCCCGCUCGGCCACAUCCCCGUCUUCGUGCGCGGGGGCUCCGUACUCCCUCUGCAGGCGCCGGCGCUGACGACGCGAGACGCGCGCAAGUCCGCGUGGGACGUGCUGAUCGCGCUGGACAACAGCGGCGCGGCGACCGGGUCGCUGUACCUGGACGACGGGGAGAGCGUCUCGCCCUCCGAGACGCUGGACGUGGCGUUUGCGGUCAGUGGGGGCAGGCUGAGUGUCAGUGUCACGGACGGCGGGUUCAGGGACGGCAACGCGCUGGGCGAUGUGCUGGUGUUGGGGCUGGAGGGGAGGCCGGCCGGCGGCGUGUUUGUCCAGGGUAAGGAAGUAGAGGACGCGAAGGUCGUGUGGGAUGAGGGUGCUGGGGCUUUGAGGGUGGGGGGCGUGGGCGAGGUGCUUGGGAGUGAGGCUUGGAUGGGGGGCUGGGUGCUGGAGUGGAGGUAGGGAAGGGGAGGUUGCUUUCGUUUUUUAUUGGGUUGUUGGUUUGUUUUGACGUUUUUACGCCUUCACGCUUUAUGUUUGCACGUUUGCACCGCCCACUCCAUCUUACCGCUGAUGGAUGGGAUAAUUCACCUACCUACACGUCACGUCACGGUUUUCCUUCUCUUUCUAUUUGCAAUCCAGCUUCUCGGACUACAAUCACCAUCCUAUCCCAUCUACGCACUCCUGUAUAUACACAUACACACCACACCGCGCAUUCACGACUCUCCGUCCUCUAUAAUGAAAUCUCAACCUUAAAUCUCACUCUAAAAUCUCAACUUAAAACCAAACCACUCCUCCUCUCCUCCCCUUACCCAUCACCCCUCCACCAGCCCCAAAAAACACACCCACACCCCCUUAUCCCUCUUCCCCUCCUCAAACAACCUUACGCACCGUCCCCCACCCC